AUGACAACCGUCCUUGUUACAGGCGCCAAUCGGGGCAUUGGCUACGCCAUCGUCCAGGCUAUCGGAAACCGGCUGCCAGACAGCACCCUUCUUCUUGGCUGUCGCACACUUAAAGCUGGAGAGGAUGCUAUUGAGCGACUCAAGUCAAGUGGACUUUCGGCCAACCUUCACGCACUCGCACUCGAUAUUGAGGACGAUUCUUCAAUAGCGGCAGCCGCAGACGUCGUGCGUGAACGUUUUGGUCAUCUUGAUGUUCUCAUCAACAAUGCCAUCAAAAUAGAGCUCUCCUCCUCGGCGAAUGCAGAAGAGCGGCGCCAGGCCUCGAACAAGAGCUUUAACAACGGAAUCACAUCAAAUACUCAGGUUACCCGUGCAUUCUUGCCUCUUCUUGAAACAAGCAACUGGCCUCGUGUAAUCAUGGUCUCUAGUAGCCGGGGGAGUUUUGGGAAGACGGUCAGCGGAGAGCUGCCGGCCGUGGCUGUCAUCGACUACUGUAUGAUCAAGGCCGCUCUCAACAUGCUUACUUUACAUUUCCAGGCUCAAAAUAAAGGGGUCACAUUCUGGGUAGUUAGUCCCGGACAUUGCAAAACGGGCUUCAACGGCUUCAGAGGCACAAAGGAUCCACUCCUGGGAGCUGAAGUAAUUUUGAAGUUGCUCGAAUCCCAGAAGGGAGAUGUCGAAGGAGGUACCUUCUGGGAGUAUGAACAGGACGAAUUCCGAGCCGUUCCCUGGUAG